UGUUUAGGUACUUCCCAUCAAGGUGGCUAUUCACAUGAUGCUGUGGUCCAUGCAUUGCGAAAAUGUGGCAUUCGUCAUAUUGACACAGCAAAAAGAUACGGCUGUGAAUCUCUCCUCCAAAAAGCCAUCAAAGAGAGUGGUGUGAAGCGAGAGGACCUCUGGAUAACUACCAAACUGUGGCACAGUGAUUAUGGCUAUGAAAACACAAAAAAAGCCUGCUUGGAUUCAUGUGCAAGACUUGGCGUUGAAUAUCUUGAUCUUUAUUUAAUACACUGGCCUGAUGCACAAGUUCCUGGUAAAAGCAACCGAGAGGUCCGAGCUGAAACCUGGAGGGCGAUGGAGGAGCUCUACGAGAAAGGUUUGUGCAGAUCAAUUGGUGUAAGCAACUUUCUUAUCAGUCAUCUUGAGCAACUAAGGGAAGACUGUGUGAUUACUCCACAUGUUAAUCAGGUUGAAUACCACCCUUUCCAAAGACCUCAGGAGCUGGUUGAUUAUUGUAGGAGCAGAGGUAUUGUUUUUGAGGGAUACUGUCCUUUAGCCAAAGGUGAAGCACUCACUCAUCCUAGUAUCAUUCAACUGGCAAAGAAGUAUGGCAGAACUCCAGCACAGAUUUGCAUACGCUGGAGCAUACAGAAUGGGAUUGUCACUAUUCCAAAGUCCACAAAACCAGAAAGGGUAGAGGAAAACUGCAAGGUGUUUGAUUUUACGAUAGCAGAAGAUGAUGUUGAAAUUCUGAAUGGAAUGCAUGAUGGGAGACAUGUUUCCUGGGACCCAAGCCUUAUUGUGUGA